CAAACAAAAAAAAAAUGCCUCAUCAUUUGCUUGUGAAGGGCGGCACGGUCGUGAACGACGAUCGCAGCUUCCGCGCCGAUGUCCACUGUGAAGACGGCAUCAUCAAGCAAGUCGGACUCGACCUCGCUGUUCCUGAAGGCACUGAAGUCGUCGACGCGACUGGCAAGCUGGUUCUUCCCGGCGGUAUCGAUACGCACACCCACUUCCAGCUCCCAUUCAUGGGCACCGUCUCGGUGGACGACUUUUUCAUUGGCACUCAGGCUGCAGUGGCUGGCGGGACGACCAUGAUUAUGGAUUUCGCGAUUGGAAUGGCUGGCGAAUCUCCUCUUGCUGCCGUCGAAAAGUGGCGUGGCUGGGCGGACGAGAAAGUGGUCUGCGAUUAUUCGCUGCACUGUGCCAUCACCUGGUGGGACGAAUCUGUGGCUCGCGACAUGGCUGUUAUCGCUGGAGAGAAGGGCAUCAACUCGUUCAAGGUGUUUAUGGCCUACAAGAACGUCUUCCAGCUCCCCGACGACAAGAUUGUUCAUGUUCUCAAGCACUGCAAGAGCAUUGGCGCCAUUAUGCAAGUCCACGCCGAGAAUGGCGACAUUAUCGACGAGCAAUCGCGCCGCAUGAUUGAUCUCGGCAUUACAGGGCCGGAAGGUCACGUCAUGUGCCGACCGGAAGAGGUGGAGGCCGAAGCGACCAACCGCGCCAUUAUGCUCGCCAAUCAGCUCAACUCGCCGUUGUACGUUGUGCACGUCAUGUCCAAGAGCGCAGCCGAUCGCAUCUCCGAAGCUCGUCGCCGUGGCUGUGUUGUCUUUGGCGAGCCGAUUGCGGCUGGUCUGGGCACCACCGGCCAUCACUGCUGGCACCACGACUGGCGUCACGCCGCGGCCUACGUCAUGGGCCCGCCGCUGCGCAACGACGACUCGACGCCUGGCUACCUGAUGCACAUGCUGGCAAAUGGCGACUUGCAGGCCACCGGCACUGACAACUGCACCUUCAACGCCGACCAAAAAGCGCUUGGCAAGGACGAUUUCCGCAAGAUUCCCAAUGGCGUGAACGGUGUCGAAGAUCGCAUGUCCAUCAUCUGGGAGAAGGGUGUCCAUGCUGGUAUUCUCAGCCCGAGCCAAUUUGUGGCCGCCACCAGCUCCAACGCGGCGCGCAUCUUCAACAUGUAUCCUCGCAAGGGCAGGAUUGAGGCUGGCUCGGAUGCCGACCUCGUUGUUUGGGAUGCUGAAGCUUCGCGCACCAUCUCUGCCAAGACUCACCACCAUGCCGUUGAUUUCAACAUUUUCGAAGGCAUGACCGUCCACGGUGUGCCGCUCGUCACCAUCAGCCGAGGCAAGGUCGUUUACGCGCACGGCAAGCUGAUGACCGUCAAAGGUGCAGGCCGCUUCAUCCCUCGCGGUGCUUACAGCGACUUUGUCUACGAAAAGAUCCGCGUUCGCGACCGCGCCAACCUGCCUGUCGGUGUCAAGCGCGAACCCUACAGCGGACCCGUGAUUAAGCUUUGAGCUGGUUGUUUUAUUCGUUCUAGCUUUGUGUGUGGCAGACGGCCCCUCUUCUGGCUUUUGAAUACAACGGAUGAACAC